GCGUUUCAAAGCCCUGAGGCGGUCGAAGCGCACACGGCAAGCAUGGUCGAACAAAUGACGGGGUAGGUGGCAGGCGUCAGGACGGGAAGGAGUUGGUACUCAGAAACAUGGCUCUCUCCAUCAACAUUGUCUCGACAGAACAUAAUCUUCCUUAGCUAUCUCUUCACUCUACUACUGUGGCCAGGCUUGAACCAUCGGAAGAACGAGACCAACAUGCCGGCUGCUGUACGGAGUUCGCUGGGCGCAAGUGGCAAGAUGGCCCGAGGGAAUGGCAAGGUCCGCCCGGUGUACAGGUGUGAGCAGUGUGAUUAUGACACCACCCAUAAGGGCCACCUUAUGGAACACCAGCGGACUCACACGGGCGAGAGACCUCACAAGUGCACCAUGUGCAAGUACACUGGCUCCAGCAAGGGUCAUCUGGCUUCCCACAUGCGCAAAAAACACCCCGAGUACAAACCCUACAAGUGUAACCAGUGUGACUUUGUCGGGAACUUUUCGCGAGACCUGGUCGCCCAUCGCUGGAAGCACACCGGCGAGCAGCCCAUCUUCUGUACCGAGUGCGACUACGCCACACCGUGCAAGGCCAACAUGACUGCCCACUACAAGCGCAAGCACCCGGGCAAGCGACCAACCAAGUCGGUUCGUCCCAGCAAAACCAUCCCACGAAGAGACGAAGCCGUCUCGCUGCCUUCCUCGUCGACACAAUCUCCCAUGCCCUACACCAUGUACCCCUCCCCACCCCCCGAAGUCGAGACCACGAUAGAGUACCCCAGCUCGACAAGCGGCACAUCCGAUGACUACGCCUCUCGCUCCAACUCUCCCACCCUGUCCCACUGUGAUUCUCCGUUCUUCAACAAUGACGUACCACAGCAACAACACAACGAGUACAACUUCUACGAAGAUCACUACAACAAGAAGCCGUUGAUGAUUGACAACGUUAUGUCUCACGAGGAGUUCCAGAACAAGCUCCCAGCCUUCGCCACCUUCAGCAAAACGGACAUGCCAAACUUUUCUAUGAACCUCAAGAAGGAGACCACCUUGGAUUGUGAGUUUUCUGCUCCGCACCAGAAUGACGUUCAGGUGCACCCCGGGUUUGACUCGUCGUGGUGGCAGUCGUCGGUCCUGAUGCCGCCCGCCGAAGAGUUCCAACCGACGAACGAUCACUUCUCCUGGUCCCUGCAAAAUCUGGCACCGUUCUGUGACCAGAUCGACGAUCCGUACUCCAUCCACGAUUCCAUGCAGCUGCCUCAGAUUGCCAAGAGCAUUCUCAGAGACUUUGACCCCAGUGCCCACUUUGUUCCCGUGAAUGCGGAGAGGCACGGCCCCAAGCAGAGCGGUUCGGGAAGACCGUACAGUCCCUACGACGAGAUCGAUGUUCUCGAGCUGGAGAGAUACUUAUAAAGAACUCUAAAGACACAAACAUUAACUUAAAACGUCGCCAAAAAACACAUGCACAAAGCAAGGAGACAAUGCACAAAAAGGCUACCUGGGACUUCAUAUUAUGUCCUUUGUUAAAACGAGAUUACGAGGGGUUUUAUUCCAACUGUAAAUAUGUAAUAUAUUCUACCAUGUCUUGGAAGUAAUCUUAGUUCAAAUCUUUUCUUCAUUGUGCUCAGAAAGUGGUAUGGAAGUCAUAUUUCAAGAUGGAGAAAUUGUAAACGGCCAAAUUAUGUCACUUGUACUGCAGGCAUCUGAACUGAACAAAAACAUGCCUGCAAUACAUGUGGAGGUACUUAACCAUUGAUGGCAUACACAUACUAUUAUUAGUUAUUUUGAAAAUCUAAGUUGUCGUUUACCACUGUGUAUGAUAAUGAAUGGUUUAGUAGCUUGAAAUGCUAAUGAUGUUUCUCCAUUCUGAAAUGGGUUGACCGCCACUUGAAUGUACACUUGAAUAGGAAAAGCAGCCAAAGUUUUUGCAUGUAAUUGUUGAUAUUAUAAGGUAUCGACUACUAUUAAGUAAUACUGCCAACAAACCUGUACAUAGUUCCUUUUUUAGUUGCCAAAGAGACGACCAUUGUAAUCAUCGCAUUUACAACUGGUGUGGGGUAAACAUUAAUAGUUAAAAUCUGAAGGAUGACUUUUAAUAUGCUGGUAUUGUUGAAUGUUAUUUUACUGUAUAGUUUUUGCGUAAAGCCCAAUACGGGGUGAGGGAAGGAUGAAUGUAAGUUUUGUACGUCUAAAAAAUAUUUUUACUACCUUCAAGAAAUUGAAAUAAAACAAUGAAACCUA